AUGGCAUGUUCAGGUGAUUGGAUUGAAGCAGAAAAGAAGUGUUUUUAUUUUUCUCUUGAUACCAGAAAUUGGUCAGCCAGUAAAAGCUUUUGUAGCUCACAUGGAUCGGAACUUGCUCAGAUUGAUACACAAAAUGAUUUGGAAUUUUUGAAGAACCACACAGGAACUUCUUCACACUGGAUUGGAUUGAGCAGUGAAGAAGGAAAUCCUUGGAAAUGGACAAACGGAACAAUAUUCAAUUCUUGGUUUGAAAUUAAAGGAAAUGGAUCCUUCACUUUUUUGAAUGCCAAUGGUGUACAUAGUUCAAGAGGCUUUGUUGAUAUAAAGUGGAUUUGCAGCAAACCUAAAUAUUUAUAA